ACAACUUGCUGGUAGGUGGUACUGGUUUUUAGGAGAAAAUGAAGGCCACAGCAAUAUGCUACAUACGUUGAGGCGACCAGCUAGCAAACUAGCGGCGUACAACUUAGCCACCAUGGACGCGUGUGUAUGUUUGCAAGUGUAAACUCCGAAAGAAGAUCGUCGCAUCUUCUCCGACGAAUCUCCGGCCCGCCUGCGCCGCCGGCACCAUUGACCUCCUACCUCUGUUAGUCUCGAUCUCAGAUGGUCAUCCUGGAGAUAAUCAGGGAAAAAUCCAACCUGACCACAAACCAACAGUGAGGCAUUAGCAACUCUCGAGAAAGUAAUGGCUGAGAUUGUGCUUCUUCUAGUAAUUGAAAAGAUCGGAGUAGCCUUGGCAAAUGGAGCAGCACAUCAGGCUAGUGCACAUUUUUCCAGGUACGCGGCCCGACUAAUAGAGCUACAAGGCAGCAUGGGUCGCGUUGUUAGGGAGCUUCGCAUAAUUCAUGAUGUUCUAUGUCAAAUGGACAUUCGAAACCGCCACAAUCAAGUGUAUGAGGGCUGGUUGGAUGAGGUGCGGAAGGUAGCACAUGCGAUGGAGGAUAUGGUUGAUGAGUACAUGUAUCAAGUUGGUCGGGAACAUGAUACUGGGUGUUGCUUUUACCUGAAGAAAGGGCUUAGAAAACCAAGAUCUCUGCUUUCCUUGAAUCAGAUAUCUUCCAAAGUGAAGGAAAUAGAGAAAGACCUUGCACACCUGUCAGAGAUGAAAAACCGAUGGGUUCCCAUGAUAAACAAUGCAGAUACUAGCAGCUUGAAUUACAUGAUCAAGAAGUCUCAAGAUCUAGCAAACACCUCACGUUCCCUUGAUAACGAAGAUCUAGUUGGGGUGGAUGAAAACAGAAGAAAGCUUGAGCAGUGGUUGGGAAGUGAUGAUGUGGAAUGUUCCCUGAUUACACUGACAGGAAUGGGUGGGCUUGGCAAAACAGCUUUAGCUUCAAAUGUCUAUAGGAAAGAGAGAGAGAAAUUUCAGUGCCAUGCAUGGGUCUCCAUCUCUCAAACUUAUUCUAGAGAAGAUGUCUUGAGAAAUAUAAUCAAGGAACUAUUCAAAGAUACAGCCAGUGGUCCAUCAAACAUUGCAGCUAUGGACAUCACAAGCCUUCAAGAGACAUUGAAGAGAUAUCUAGGGGAAAUGAAGUAUUUGAUCAUAUUAGAUGAUGUUUGGACCCCAGAUGCAUUUGAAGACUUGUCUAGGUCACUUGUUUGUAAUGGUAAGGGAAGCAGAUUGAUAAUCACAACACGACAGGGUGAUGUUGCUGCACUUGCUUCUCAAGGACACGUAUUAACACUAGAACCUUUACCAGAAGAUAAGGCUUGGGAUCUUUUUUGUAAGAAAUCUUUUCCAAAAGAAACAAGCCAUCACUGUCCUGGCGAGUUGAGGCUUUUGUCCGAGGAAAUACUUAGCAAGUGCAAAGGAUUGCCUCUUGCUAUUGUGUCAAUUGGCAGCCUCUUGCAUGUGCGUGAGAAAACCGUUGAAGAAUGGAAAAGAAUAAAUGACCAAUUGAGUUGGGAGAUACUUAAUAACUCAAGGCUCGACCACAUAAGGAAUGUGUUGCAUCUAAGCUUCAUCUACCUUCCAACAUACUUGAAAAGUUGUUUCCUGUACUGCAGCUUAUUUCCAGAAGACUAUCUUUUCCACAGAAGAAAACUUGUACGACUAUGGAUGGCGGAGGGGUUCAUUGUCGAGAAGGGUGCCAGCACAUUAGAAGAAGUGGCAGAAAGCUAUGUUAAGGAGUUGGUCAAUAGAAACAUGCUUCAACUUGUUGGAAGGAACUCACUUGGCAGGAUGAAGAGAUUCAGAAUGCACGAUAUCAUACGUGAACUAGCUGUUGAUUUGUGCCAGAAGGAUCGUUUUGGUGUUAUAUAUGAGGAGGAUAAAUGUGGGGGAUCUCUUCAGAGAGAUGGUCGUCGAUUGGUAGUGCACAAACUAAAGAAGGAUAUUCAACAACCAUUUUCAAUUAUACAUGUACUUCGAACUUUCAUUACACUGGAGAAAAGCAUGUCCUCAUUCCCUCUAUUGCCUCUACUAUCUGAGAAGUCAAGAUAUAUGACUGUGCUAGAAUUAAGUGGUUUACCCAUCGAGAAGAUUCCAGAUGCCAUUGGGGAUCUUUUUAAUCUCCGCUAUUUGGGUUUGCGGUACUCAAAAGUGAAGCUUCUCCCUAAAUCUAUUGAGAAGCUUUCAAAUUUGUUGACACUGGACCUUUGUGGAUCUGACAUACAUGAGCUGCCUCCAGGGAUUGGCAAGCUAAAUAAGCUUAGGCACCUAUUUGCUGAGAAAAACAUUAUAUCAGGACGAAUACAAAAUAUUCGAUAUGCUAGAGGUGUAUGCUUCCCUAUUGGGCUUGGGAACCUAACAAACCUGCAGACUCUGCAAGCCUUGGAAGUGCAGGAAGUGGAUGGAUCCAUUAGACAACUAAGGGAGUUAAGGCAACUAAGAAGCUUGAGGAUAUGGGUCGUGAAGGGAACAUUUUGUGAACACCUCUGCGAGUCUCUAGUUCUUAUGCAAUUCUUGUCCAACCUAAAUGUGAGUGCGAGUGAUGAGAAUGAGGUUCUGUUGUUGAACGCCCUCCCGCCUAGCCUGCAAAAGCUAAGUUUGGGCGGAAGAUUACCGGAAGGGGCAUUGUUGGCGGAGUCUCCUCUCUUUCAAGCCAUGGAGCAGAACUUGUGUUCACUGCGUUUAUCCUGGUCGCAGCUGAGAGAAGAUCCUUUGCCAUCCCUUUCUCGGUUGCCAAAUUUGAUGGAUCUAUGUCUCGACAAAGCGUACAAUGGAGAGAAGUUGGAGUUUCUCACGGGGUGGUUUCCCAAGCUGAAGAGCCUCUAUUUGUGGGACAUGCCCGACCUGAAGAUGCUAGAGAUACAUCAAGGUGCCGUGACAGCUCUAGAAACACUAGUACUAGGCAACCUAGAAAGCAUGGUGGAGGUCCCGCCUGGCCUUGAGUUCCUCAUGCCCCUCCAGCUUCUAAGUUUCCGGGAAAUCACCCGUGACUUCGUGACGUUGCUGCGCCAAAGUCCUCAACUUGUUGGUUUGCAAUGGCAGCACACUCUCCGUGACAACGACCAGUGAUCCCUGAAUGUGUGUAUGUCGCUGCAUGGAGAGGAUUAUGCAGUGGAUCUGACCAAGACACAUGUGUUCAUGUACCGUGAUAUUCAGACUACAAACCUAUUUCGUUUACGGCUUUCAAAUAACAAGGCACUUGCUCAUGUCGUAAGAUUGAAUUGUGCUAUGACUUUAUACGUUAAUACUUUCAAAUAUUGUUUGUAUUCUAUUCGUGUGAGCUUGUAAACUAUAAUCAAUACUGUCUAUUCCUAGUCUCAUAACUCAACCAUUUGUGUGUAA